CUCCGGCCCGGCGGGGAGAUUUCCCCCCCCCCCGCCACCAACACACACACACACACACACACACACACACACACACACACACGCUCGCGGUGGCCCCGGGGAGGGAAGGAGGGAGGGGCGGUGCGCGCCCCCCCGCGCCGUCUGUCACGCCUUGGCCCCGCACAGGCAGCGCCGGAGCGGCAGCAGCGCUUUCCCCUUUCCCAUAUGCCGCGAGGCGAAUCGUCGCGCUGCUCUCGGCGCCGGUUACGGCCAAAAAGGGAGGGGAAAAAAAAAAAAAAAGAAAAAAAAGAAAAGUUUUCAAUUAAUGAUAAGCUCGGGGACCGGGGAAGGGGGCGGGGAGGCGGCCAAUAAGAACGGAGAGGCAAAAUGGCUGCGAGCCCUCGGGCGGCCCUGCCCGCCCCCGGCCCGCGGGGAGGGAGCCCCGGGGAAGCCCCGGCCCGAUCCACUCCGCUCCGCUCCGAGGGGCGGCCCAGGGCCGGGGGUCCCCGGCUCCGCGGCGAGGAGCGCCCGAGGACUGCGGGGACGCCGCGCCGGCGGCACCGCGCCGGCAGCCACGACGCCCCCCCCGGCCCCGGAGCGCCCCGCGGUUCCCCGCACGCCCCGCCGCAGCGCUCCGGAGGCGGCGAGGAAGGGGGAGCGCAGAUCGGCGAAGCCCGGCUCCCCCCUCCUCCCAUCCCCCGGCGGCAGCGCGGCCCCCUCCGGCCGCCCACCCGCCGCGGCAUCUCCCCGCCCGGCCGCCCGCGCCAUUUUAGAGGCGCACACACACGCGCUCGCCCACGCUCGCUCGCACACACGCACGGAGCGAGGUUUCCGCCGGAGCCAACGGCACGGCCGGGCCCGCGGCGGGGGGGCGGGGGAGGGGAAGCGGAGCGGCGCUCGCACGGCCCCGCGGCACCGCAGGCCGCCGACAUUCCCCGCUCAGAGGCUGCAGCGUAAUCCCUGCCAACAUCGCGCCUUCGGACGCGGUGGAAGGAGGCAGGGAUGGGAUGGCGGUGUUGGGGCCGUGCGGCCCUGUUUACGUGUGUGCCUUUGCUCCCAGGCGGAGCGCGUUUCGCAAGCGGUGUUCCUGCACGUGUCACACCAACACCCCGGCAGAGGGACGGGGGCUAAAAUGCUUGCACUAAAAUGGAACCGGAGCGCUUUCACCGCUGACAGCACGGCAUCCCCCGUGGAGAGCCGUGGGGACGGCCAAGGCCAGAAGGAAAAACAGCAGCACGUAAAGAGGACUGGAGAAAGAUAGAUGAAAGAGUGGGGGGGUGAGCGUCCCCCGCCCUCCUCGCUUCCCACCCCAAAGCUGCCUCGUCAAGAAAAGACCAUCAUAAAGAGAAAAGGCCCCGGUAUGUGGAGGUCACCCGCUAUAUAGAACAGAGUGCUCUGCUAGGGAGCAAAACGGUGUCACGCGCAAAUGUAGGCCAGGACCCAGUUCUGUGUGCUCCCUCGGGUUUCCCGAGGCUCUUCCACGAGGGCCGGGAGAGCGCUUUGGGUGCAGAAGCAAACUUCAGGAGCGGGCAGCGUUUUGUUCCUUAUGCCUCAAAUAGGCGUAUGGCUGUAAAUGCGCACGGACGCAUCUAAGAGCGGGCUGAGCAGAGGCUCCGAUGAGCGCCCCGCAGCUCAGGCACCGACGCCGCGGCAGCGUUUUGCCCAGCACCGCCGGCUCCGGGGGUGCGGCCCGCCCGGGUUAUCUCGGCUGCAGAGCGAUCCCAGGAGGCCGACACAGCUCCUCCUCCCGCAGCACGUGCUCCGAAGGCAAACACGCACCGCACCGCCCGCGCCUCACGGCUCCGC